ACGGAUUUAAAUUUUGCAAUAUUUACGUUUUAAUAUUUGAGGUUAUGUUAUAAGUGGGGGUACUCACACCUAAUUCGAGUUCUUACGUCAAAUUGUCAGUUUUUUCCCGUUUAUCGUCAAGUCGAGUGCUAUAUUUCAAUAAUUAACCAUAAAAAAAUGUUAAAAUGGGAUUCAACGAACUUUGUAAACUAAGUGUAUAAAUAAGAACGAGGUUUUUUUGGAGGUGCAAAAAUGAAGCAAAAACAUUUAGAACAGGAUAAUGUCCAGGGCGCCCUUUUCAAACGUGUCUCAUCGGCGUUCUUCUACGGACUCACUUCGUUUAUGAUAACUGUCAUCAACAAGACGGUUUUAACUUAUUUUAAUUUCCCAUCGUUUCAAAUUUUGGGUCUUGGUCAAAUGUUGGCAACCGUUAUUGUAUUAUACAUUGGGAAAAAGUUAAAAAUCGUUCAAUUUCCCGAUUUGGAACUUGGCACAUUUUGGAAAAUCUGGCCGUUACCAUUAAUUUACAUUGGAAAUAUGAUCUUUGGAUUAGGUGGAACGAAAGAAUUGAGUUUGCCGAUGUUUACCGCUUUAAGAAGAUUUUCUAUUUUAUUGACGAUGAUUGCAGAGUUUUAUAUUUUGGGUAUAAAACCGACGUUUAGUGUACAAUUUAGUGUUUAUACAAUGAUUUUCGGUGCUUUAGUUGCGGCCAGUAAUGAUUUAGCUUUUAAUUUGCAUGGUUACAUUUUCGUUUUAUUAAAUAAUGUAUUUACAGCUGCAAACGGAGUUUAUAUGAAAAAGAAAUUAGAUGCUAAAGAUUUAGGAAAAUCUGGUUUGUUAUAUUAUAAUUCACUUUUUAUGUUAUUUCCUGGUAUUAUUUUCGCUUACACUUCAGGUGAUUUACAUUCAGGGUAUUAUUAUGAAAAAUGGUUAGAUGUAGGAUUUUUAUCUUGCUUUAUUCUAAGUUGUUUUAUGGGCUUUAUAUUAUCUUAUAGUGUAGUUUUAUGUACAUAUUAUAAUUCGGCUCUUACAACAACCAUUAUUGGUUGUCUAAAAAAUAUUUGUGUAACUUAUGUGGGAAUGAUCGCUUGGGGUGACUACAUGUUUUCUUGGAUGAACUUCCAUGGAUUAAAUAUCAGCGUUUUGGGAAGUUUAAUUUAUACUUAUGUUACUUUUAGACGAAAAGAAACUGUUCCUUAUAAACCGUUAAAUGAUAAUCCAAGGAUGGAUGUUGUUUAAACGAAUUAAUUUUUUUGUUUUAUGUGCCAUAAAAUAUUGGUAUUAACUUUAAAUUGAAAAUCUCACAAUGAUUUCAAUGCUUAUUGAUUGUUUCAAUUGUAUAAUGAUAAAGAAUGUAAAUAAUUUAAUCUCAAAAAUAAAUUGUAGAUAAACUAUUUGAGUUGAAUAAUA